AAGAAAAAACAAAGUUUUUUUUGCGGUUUGAAUUAGCUUGCUUUUGAGAAAUUUCCGCGCCGCUGAGGGGACUUAAAACGAGAGGUUUGUGACGUCAUUUAAGGAACGUAUGAAUGCGCUGCAUACAAAACAACAUAGUGUGAAAUAACAAUUCUUUAUAUAUUGCUUUGAAAUUAAUAUAAAAAUUGUACGAAACAUGUCGACAUCUGAUUCUGAGUCGAGUACAGCAACAACAGCGGAAAAUAUUGAAUUGAACAGUCGGGAAUUCGAUUUAGAAGACGAAGAUCAAUCGUCAUCAAAUGCGCUCCGCAACACCGAUGGCGAUUUUAAGUAUGGCCAAGCUGAAGCGUAUGAAAACGAACCACUUGCAGAUGAAGAGUGGUUAGAAAACUAUAGUAGAGAGACAGAAGAAGAAAGACGCCAAACAGAAGAGCUCGAACGCAGAAUGCAAAAUGAAGUUCCUCUUGAUUCUUGGUGCAAUUGUGGUAACUGCCGUGUUCCUCUCUUGGUUAAUCCAAAAGAAUGUAGAUGCUGCCACGAAAUUGCCAAUUGCAUGAUUGAAAUGCAAGAUCAUAUGGUGGUAUCCGAAUUAGGAAGGCAGCCAAAAUGCAUAACAGAGCAUCCAGGAUUUGAUGCCAUUUGCCUCAAUCGAUGGGUAUUAAAUUUAGCUGCCAAUCUUUACCAAAGACGAGAUGGAGUUAGAUAUCAUAAAGGAUUCUUGGAGCAAAGGUUUUUUCGAGUUGUUGCAUAUAGACAAUUUACAAGAAUGGUAAAUGGCAUUCUUCGAGACAAAAGAAUUCCACUUCCAGCUUGUGCUUACCAUGUUAUUCGAAAAACUUUUAAUUUAAAAAAAAAUGAACACUUUGCAGGGUAUGAAGAGGACAAUCUGUAAAAUAACAUAACAUUAUAUAUCAUUUUAGGUGUUGUUUGCAUGAGCCCAGCUAGUAGGGAUUCAGUAAAGUGUGGAAUGAUUUAAGCCACUCUUGAUAUAUUGCAUCUUCAUUUCACACUUAUACUUGUUAUACAAAACAUACAAAAUUACAAUUCCUUUCUCUUUA